GAGAGAGAGAGAGAGAGAGUGUGAGAGAGAGAGACAGGGCGCAAAGUUACAUUGCAAGCUGUUUGCAAAAAUGGGGGACGACCGACCUUUUGUGUGUAAUGCUCCUGGCUGUGGACAGAGGUUUACCAAUGAGGACCACUUGGCUGUGCACAAACACAAGCAUGAGAUGACACUGAAAUUUGGACCAGCCAGGACCGACUCUGUCAUUAUUGCAGACCAGACACCUACUCCCACCCGCUUCUUAAAGAACUGUGAGGAGGUUGGUCUCUUCAAUGAGCUGGCCAGCUCCUUCGAACAGGAGUUCCGCAAAGAGCAAGAGGAUGAUGACAAGAGAGCCAAAAACCCUCUUCCGGCUCCCAACUCCGUGGCUCUGGACAUGAGCCUUCAGACGGUAUCAGAUGUGAAGGUGAAGGAGGAGGUGCCUGUAGAGGUGGAUUCCUCAUCACCAGGCAGCCCUGACUCCAUUUCUAGCAUGUCAGACAACAACAGAGAGUCCCGGGUGAAAGCGAAGGACACACCACCCAGGAGUUCAGCCCCUACUCCCACCAUUGUGCGUCCAGGUUCCCUCCCACUCCACCUAGGUUUUGAUGCCCUUCAGCCCACCAUGCCUUCACCAACUUCUGUCAUCACACAGGCGCCACCCUCCAAUCGCACUCUUGGCUCACCAACCAGUCACUACCCAAUGAUGAUGCUUCCCAAUGGCCAGGCAGUGCCUGUGCUACCUGGUCCUGUACAGAUGCCCUCUGUUAUAAAUCUUGCCCGGCCCAUGUGCAUGGUACCUAACAUUCCUGGGAUCCCUGGUCCUCCUCUGGGAGGUAGCAGCAGUGGCUCCAACUCCCCCUCCGGCUACAGCAUCCACUCAGAGGCCAAGAUGCGUCUGAAGGCUGCACUGUCCCAGCAGAGCCCAUCAGGACAGAGCAUGGGGGGCAUGGCCAUGGGCAGCAGUCCCAUGGUGCCUCAGAGGGCGGAGCAGAGCCAGCAGCUCGUCCAACAUCCAGAUGCUCCAUCACCUGCACAGCCUCAGGUAUCCCCAGCUCAGCCUACAGGUGGGCGUCGGCGGCGAACAGCAGAGGAUGACCCAGACGAACGGAGGCAGCGCUUUCUGGAGAGGAACCGGGCUGCAGCCUCGCGCUGCAGACAGAAACGCAAACUGUGGGUCAGCUCCCUGGAGAAGAAGGCUGAGGAGCUCAGCACCAUGAACGUCUCACUUUCGAAUGAGGUUUCUCUUUUGCGGAACGAGGUGGCUCAUUUGAAGCAGCUGCUCCUGGCCCACAAGGACUGUCCUGUGACCACCCUGCAGAAGAAGACUGCCUACCUAGCAGCAGAGGAGAGCAUGAAGGACACCUCAGAGCCCACAGGCUCCCCUGCCCCAGUGAUUCAGCACAGCUCCCUAGCUUCCAGCCCAUCGGCAGGGCACAAUGGCCUGAGCUCACGGGCGGCAGCCGAAGCCAUGGCUAUGUCUGUGCUGGCAGGAAUGGGCCAGCAGCAACAGAGGGCUGAGAGUGGACCCUCCCAUGUUAUUAUGGCUGCACAGUCCCAAUCUGCUGCCAGAUGAUGAGCGAUGCCACCAUGGCCCAGACUUGGCUCACACUCUAACACCGAGGAGCAGGAGAGGAACAGGCAGGGGAGCAGGGAGACCACACUUUUUGAAAGUCCAAACUGCCAACCACUUUUUUUCUUUCCUCUCCCUGCAUUCCUCCUCCCUCUCUGCCCCUCCAGUGGAGCCAUCUUGCUAGGGCCUGGAGCUCAGCAGCAGCCUUCUGGGAAUGGACUGAGACUAUUGAGAGAGCUUCCUGUUCACUUUGCCAUAGACUACAGGGGCUGGACUCCAACCUCCCACUCCCCGAUUCCCCCAUCUCCUCACUCAUCUCUCCUCACCCUCAGUCAGAAUGACUCUUCACUGGACUGUAGGACUGCAUCGCUCUGAGUGUACUGCCGUAACAAACUCCCCAUGUGGACAAACACCACGCAUCUUCAUGGUUUCAAAACGCAUUUGCAAAUAUUGCAGAAAGAUUCUUGAUCGGUUAAAGAUACCAAACAUGGCACAUGGGGCUUCUCACUCUUGCAGCAGGGAAUAGUGCCUUGCACUAAUCAACUUUUUACUCAUACACUCACCCACACACAGCAUACAUCCACAUACAUCAAUGGCUCCAAAGAUGCAGUAGUUGUCUAGACUUCACUCACUUAAGAUGAUCAGAUCUCAAAUAUUUUCCCAAAUCUUUUUGUAAGUGGAUUCACAACCAAGUAAUCUCAACACGCACCCAAAAACCUUACCUCAUCCAUACCCCUCUGAAAAAAAUUUAUAAACUGUGUGUGAGUUGCUCUGUGUGUAUAUAUUUAUGUACAUCAGAACAUAGCAGUUUGCUUAUUCAUGGUCUGAUACACUAAUAGCUAUAUUGUUAGCAUGUGACUUUUUCUAUUAGGUUAUGUUCUUGACAUGUGCAGCUGUCUUUUAAUUGGCACAUCAUCCCAGCUGGGGACAUAGAACCAAAACAAGAUUGUCCAAGACGGUGUAGACUCGGUUCUAAUCAGUUUCAUUAAUAGUCAGCAUCUCCUACUGUAUUUUGCUGGCCUGAAGGGAAUUCGACCUCUGCCAUUCUCACAUGUCCUCCUCAACAGGCUGUUUUACUAUUUAUUGGCAUCUAAGUGGAUGCCAUUCUCAUCUUGUAUGAAAGUAUAUUAAUGGUUGUGUUUCUAUAUGUGGGUCCUGGGCUUACUGUAACUGUUGUUUUCACUCUUUACAGGAUGAUUGUACAUCCUUGCUGCUUGUUGGAGUGUGAUGAACCCCUUAGUCUCUUUGCUCUUUACCAAACUUAAACUAAGCCAUAUCGACAACAAAUCAGAUCUCUGAAUCUCCAAAGACCCCACUGAUCCUUGUGCUGGGGCAUGAAGUAAAUAACCUGACUGUUACUUUGUGGUUCAGAGCUCACAGUAACACCAUCUACAGUAUAACACUGCUUGUUACUUGCACUUAUACACACUCACACACAAUGUCUCAUAAGUUUUGCCUUAAAAUCACGUUAGUGCCUCUGACAUCCCCGUUCAAAUAUAUAUUUGCUUGCGUGAAAAACAGUGGAGCCUUAGAAAAACAUCCUUGUCUUAAUUUGGUAUUACCAAAUGAAUAGCCAUCACAGCGAGGAACAGAAGACAGAUUCUGUUGAAGAUUGCUGUUAAAAUCAGGACUAAUUUGCCUUUCAGUCCCUGUGUCGGUGAUAUAAAGUGAUACAAUACUUGUCUGUCAUCUGGUGGAGAGACAUCGCAAAGACAUCUUUGCUGGUAAAAGCAUUGAGGGGAAAACGAUUCAGAGUUCCUGUGGCUGUCUCUGAAUAGCUUUGAUUCUUCAGGGAUCCCCAGUUUUACCAAGACACCAAGAUAUUUUUAUGUAAACACCUAAACAAGGAGUUUGCUUUUCUUGUUUUUUUUUUAGUUCUUUAUAUCACUGUCCCUCUUUUGUCUGAUAUGAUAAUGUAUUGGCAAUAUGUAAUAUUGCAUAAAUAAGAUAUCUGUCCAUGACCAUGAGGGCAUGUCUUUAUGCACUAAAAUGAUGCAAGUUUAUUGUUGCUUUGUAUUUCUGUUCAUGUUUAAUUUUCUGCAGACUUCUUGUUUUCUCCUUCAGUUGUGUCAGAAUAUUGCAUUAUUUUUCUUGUAUGUGUACUGUAUACAUGAGUGGGAAUUUGCUCACCAACUCCUGUAUGCCCUGUUAACUUUCACAAUUGACUGAAUCUCUUGUCCUGCAAUCCCAACGGUGACCCUGGCAUUGUACUUUUGUGCUGGCACUAUAUUUCGCCAGCAGUCCCUUAUAGACGAUUGUUCAUAUGAAAUGAAAAUUCAAACUAUAUUCAGCUUUCAUGUUAGUAAUUGUCAUUGGCACUUUUUCUUUCAUUUCUUGUUUUCCUUUGUUGUGUGCUAUUUUCAGCACUAUACAACUUGCUGUCAUAAUGCUUCUAUCUCAUUGUACUGAUGAAUAUAGAAAUUAACUUGUUUAACACAUCAGUUUGUUUUUAUUUUCUCAACGCAAUAACGUCAGUCCUGUUU